AUGGUGGGUAGGAGUGGCCAUGAUGAGUUAGCUCAUGGGGCGCAGAGCCGACCAGAGGUCGUCAAGAAUUUAAUGCUCCUGAUGGAAAAUAUGGCAAAACUAGCAGAUGCCGCCAUGAUAAGUUCAGGCCCUGCGGCACACUUUAAGGACAUGUGCAAUCAGUGCCUUCCUGCCCUGAAGGCGUUUCUGAAGAGCAAAAAAGACGACCUCAGGGCAGAGGAGGUGGCCCGAUUGAUCAGCAUCUUUGGUGAGCUCAACAUCUCGGAGGACGUCCAAAUGUUGAUCCUGAGGCAGCACAGCUGGUCGUUAGCAGCCCUAAUUGAGAAGUUUGCAGAUCAAGUGUCAGAACUCCCUUGCAGGGAUGUUGCCAAUGCCAUGUUUGCGAUGGGGAGGUAUCAACUGCAUGUUCGCAAGCUCCUUGGUCCCAAGGAGUAUGCCGAUGACCUCUUUGCCAAAAUCCUAGAGAAAAUAGAACCCAUGGAGGAUGACAUGACGCCUGAGGACUUGUCCAAGGUCAUGAACGGCAUAGCAAACAUGAAGUAUCGUGACAAGGGCUACUUGAUGCGCAUGGUGGACUAUUAUUUAUCAAGACUGCACGAGUUUCGAUUGGGAGACCUUGCACGUUUGAUCUGGGGGCUUGCUCGCCUAGAGCUACGCUAUGCCGACUGCCAGCAGUUUUUGGAUGCAGUCUUGCCUGUAGUCCUGGAGAACAGGUCCGCAUUCCUGCACCCCGAAUAUGUGUCUGACAUUGUCUGGGCAGCCUCCAGGCUGGAGUGGCAGGGUGUGGAUGAAAUGUUGGGUGUGCUGUGCAAGAUGGCUGACGAUGGACUUGAAAAGUUCAAGGGAGAGGAGUUCGCUGCUUUUUGCCUUGGACUGCAGAAGAUGCGAUACUACCCUGGGGACGACUUCCUCCGGAGGUUCCUGGACACCUUCGCCCAGAAGGUGCCCACCUUCAAGCCUGCCAUGGUCACCACUUGCCUCAAUGCUGUGGCCAGCUUCGGAUUCUACCACCAGCGACUCAUAGAUGCUGUGCGCGACUACUGCCUGCUCAUGGAGCGGCCAUUGGAGACCAGGCACUACUUCGACAUCUGUUGGUCCUUUGCCAUCCUGAGCUGCAUGGAUGCAGACAUGUUCAAGUGGAUGGCUGCACAAAUCGGCAAGCUGGACCCAUGUAGCGUGCGAGACCUGCAAAGGCGGCAAUUCUACCAGUGCCUUCUGGACGUCCACAUCUUACACCCCACGAUAGCUCAGAGUGUUCGGCUGGAUCCCCGGUUCGAAGAGGAUUGCUAUAAGAAUUGGAGCGAGAACCAGGCAUUGCGCAGGGUCGCACCAAAGCCUGUGAUCGAGGCAUUCGCACGGUUGAGAAAUAUGGGCUUCAUUUGCACGCGCGGUGAGCUCAUAAUGGGCAGGAGGUUUGCCAUUAAUUCCGUGCGGCACAGGGGGCUUGAUCAGCGGUUCGCCCUGGAGGCGGACGUCACAUUCCGAAAUGCGCCGAACAGGCUGCUGGGCAUUCAAAUUUGGAGGCGCCGGGUUCUGAGGGCGUUGGGGUGGGGAAUAAUGGACCUCAGUCAGUGGAGGUGGUCCAAGAUGUCGAGCGAAGAGAGGGAUGUGUACCUGCAGAAGAAAAUCCUGUACUUGGUAUCCGAAAAGAAGCGUCGAUUCACCAGAGCGACAGCGAAGCCAGGUCGCUGA